AUGAGCUUCUUUGGCCAGAUAGCGGAGACGUGGCAGGCUCUGAUCGACCUCAUCAUCCGGCCUCCAAGACAUGAGUAUAGAGUCAACAGAGACCUGGGUCCAAGACACCUGGUGGUGCAAGGAAAGUUCGUCAUCAGGGAUGACAUCGAGCUGAUGAACGCCCGCGGGUACAUGCUAAAGUGCAGUCACUUCCAGCCGGCGGAGCUGAUCGACGUCGAGAACUCGAGCGAUCAGGACAUGAAGAGUAGGAUGAGGCCUCAGAAGAAGCCGUUCCCCUGUGUGGUCUACUGCCAUGGUAACGCUGGGUCGCGCGUGGACGCCAUGGCGGUGCUGCCGGUCCUCCUUCCGCAGGGGAUCAGCGUGUUUGCGUUCGACUUUGCAGGAGCAGGGCAGUCAGAGGGAGCGUAUCUCUCACUCGGCUACUUCGAGAAGGAUGACUUGGCGACGGUGGUGGAGUACCUCAAGGGGGUGGAGCGCGUGAACCGGAUCGGCCUGUGGGGUCACUCCAUGGGGGCAUGCACCUGCCUGCUGUACGCAGCCAACGGGGGAGACCAGGUGGUGUCUGCGAUGGUGCUGGACAGCUCCUUCUCCUCCUUGGACGCUGUCAUCUCGGAGACGGCAGCUUCGGCGAAGCAGAAGCUGGGGGAGAGCAUCGCGCCGGCCAUCACCUUCAUGCCGGACAUGUUCAUCCCGAUGGCGGUGGCAGUGAUGAGGAGGAGCAUUCUGUCCCAGGCGGCGUUCGACAUCAGGGAGGUGAACCCUCUGGGCAAGUGCGAGAACUUGCUCCUCCCUGCGCUCUUCGGACAUGCUGACGACGACGAGAUGGUCUCCCCGGUGCACUCGACCCGCCUCCAUGAGUCCUACGGCGGGAACAGCACCCUCAUUCGCUUCCCUGGCAAUCACAACUCCCCUCGCUCAGAUUUUUUUCUCAGCAGUGCGCUGGAGUUUUUCCGCUGCAUACUGAGGCCAGGGGACGAGGAGCAUCCCGCAGAAGCACUGAUCUUCCACAACGCCACCUCCAUCAGAGGCCUCAUGGGUAAUCGAAUGGCUGCGUCGAACCGGGGGAAGGGGUUCCAAAGCAGCAACGUCAGCGCAACGGGGGAGAAAUGCUUUCAUGUGGGCCGCACGGCGAGCAGCUUGUCGAUCCUCGCAAACAUGUGCUUAGAAUGCAACCCAACGCUCCGUCAGAAGAGGGAGGCGAGUCUGAUCGCCGCCAAGUGUAGGAAACAUGUACAGGCGGAAAAGAGGGCGAACAGGGCUAUGCGAGAAGGGACGACAAGCCUGACUGCUGACAGUGGUGAACGAGCAAUUGAAGGGGAGGGCAGGGAGCGCGAGAGGAGGGAGCGAGAAGACUCAUCAAGGCAGGAAAACUCUGUCAGUUGUCCCGAGAUCCCAUCGUCUGGAGAUGAUGAUGGUGGGGUUGCCUGGGGGGCCACAGGGAACGAAGGGAUUCAGCUGCCCUCCUGCCAGGCAAGUCUCCCGUGA